CUGGGCCCCCGGGCCAGCCCAGCGGCCUCACACCCGCUUCCCUCUCCUCGCAGGCAUCGCUCCACGGAUCCCGAGCCCAGCCACCAUGCUCCUGCUCUUGUUGGGGAUCCUGUUCCUCCACGUCGCCGUGCUAGUGCUGCUGUUCGUCUCCACCAUCGUCAGCCAAUGGCUUGUGGGCAAUGGACACACGACUGAUCUCUGGCAGAACUGUACCACGUCCGCCUCGGGAGCCGUCCAGCACUGUUACUCCUCAUCAGUCAGCGAAUGGCUGCAGUCUGUCCAGGCCACCAUGGUCCUGUCUGUCAUCUUCAGCGUCCUGUCUCUGUUCCUGUUCUUCUGCCAACUCUUCACUCUCACCAAAGGCGGCCGCUUUUACAUCACCGGAUUCUUCCAGAUCCUGGCUGGUCUGUGCGUGAUGAGUGCAGCGGCCAUCUACACAGUGAGGCACAGCGAAUGGCAUGUCAACACCGACUACUCCUAUGGCUUCGCUUACAUCCUGGCCUGGGUGGCCUUCCCCCUGGCCCUCCUCAGUGGCAUUAUCUACGUGAUCCUUCGGAAGCGCGAAUGAAGCGCCUGACGGACCAUCCGUCUCGGCUCUGAGCGCACAUAGGGUACACAGGGAGGGAGGAAGGAAAACCAGAAAACAAACCCGACAAACCAAAAAAGAGCUAGCCCCAAACCCCAACUCAAGCCAAACCAAACAGAAUGCAGCUGAGUGGGGAUUGCUGUCGAUUUAAGAUGUAUAUAGUAUCUAUGGUUUAUAAAACCUAUUUAUAACACUUUUUACAUACAUGUACAUAGGACUGUUUGCUUUUUAUGUUGACCGUCAGCCUCGUGUUGAAUCUUAAAGAACUUUACAUCUUAACACUAUAACCAAGCUCAGUAUCUUUGUUUUGUUUUGUUUUUCAUCUUUUGUUUGGCUCAGACAUAAAAACUCCACAUGGCCCCUUUCAUCUGAAAGCAGACACCCUCCCUCCCACUCAACCUCAUAGGAUAACCAAAGUGUGGGGACAACCCCAAAUGGUCAAAAGCCUUCACACUGUGCAUGGCCUGGAACAUUUAGCAGGAAUACCCACCUGCCCAAAUUGCUGUGUGGAGCCCUAAGCACUCACAGACGAAGAAAUGCCCUGACCGGAGCCCUCUGCAAAAACAAUGGCUGGUGGCUCCGGAACAUGUGUCCUUGUAGGCAGAGCACUAGGGCCACACGUUUAAAUGAGACAAGGAGUCUGUGAAAUGGUGCUAUAGAUUUACCAUUCCUCGUUAUUACUAAUCAUUUAAACCACUCACUGGAAACUCAAUUAACAGUUUUAUGGCAUACAGUAGAAGAGAGACCUGAAUAAUUGUGUGUGAUAUAAACGGUUCAUAACCGCUUUCGUACCUAGCUAGACUGCUGUUAUUACUACAAUAAAUAAAUCUCAAAGCCUUCGUCACUCCCAUAGUUUUCUCACGGUUGGAGCAUCAGGACAAGUGUCUAGAACCUUGGGACUGUGAGUUCCCUGGCUUUCUGGGUCUAGAGUGUUCUGUGCCUCCAAGGACUGUCUGGCGAUGACCUGUAUUGGCCACCAACUGUAGAUGUAUAUAAGGUGUCCUUCUGAUGCUAAGACUCCAGACCUUUCUUCUUCUUCUUCUUCUUCUU